AUAUAUACACCUGUGAGUGUCUGAAACUCCAGUAAUUCUGAACAGGCAGAGAACAGUAAACCAUGUCGGUAAUUACACAGCUAUUGGCGGACUCCGCCACUGUGUGUCUAGUUUUCGUUACAACGUUAGUUGUCUUUUUCUACUUGUUUUUCAAACCCUCCAAAGCAUCUUCCUAUAAAUUUCCCCCCGGGCCACGACCCUGGCCGAUCAUCGGGAAUCUCAAUGUACUGGACUUUCUGAAAGCACAGGAAACUUUCUGUAAGCUGUCAGAGCAGUACGGCAAUGUGUUCACUUUCCACAUGGGCAGACGGAAGUUUGUAGUCCUGACUGGAUAUCAGACAGUGAAGGAAGCCUUGGUGGACCAGGCAGAUGACUUUGGAGGAAGGGGCCAAACACAUACCUCACAAUUAUUUUCAAAGGGAAAAGGUGUCAUAUUUGGAAAGGGCGAGUCAUGGAAGACAAUGCGUCGGUUUACUCUCUCCACCUUGCGGGACUUUGGCAUGGGCAAGAGAACCAUUGAGGACAGGAUCGUGGAGGAGUCCAAAAUGCUGAUAGAAGUCUUUGAGUCCUACAAAGGUCAACCAUUUGAGCCUACUAUCCACAUCAACUCCGCAGUGUCUAACAUCAUAUGCACCAUUGUGUUUGGGGAUCGCUUUGAAUACGACAACCCCCAGUUUCUUCGGCUCCAAAAGCUUGUGAACGAGAACAUUAAGCUACUAGUCUCCCCAAAAAUGCAGCUGUUCAACACCUUCCCCUUUAUUGGGUAUUUUAUAAAGGAUUUAAAGAAAGUUUCAAGCAAUGUGAAAGAGAAUCAGUCUUUCUUAAGGAAUCUGUACAAGAAGAGCAAAGAUGUUGUUGACCCUAAUGACAUGCGGAGCUUCAUCGAUACCUUCAUAGUGAAGCAACACGAGGAGGAAGCUAAAAACUCCCAUUCAUAUUUUGACGAGGACAACAUGAUAUUCACAUCAGCCAACUUGUUUGCAGCCGGAACAGAAACCACAUCCACCACCCUCCGCUGGGGCCUUCUGAUGAUGAUGAGGUACCCUCACAUUCAGGAGAAAGUGAAAGCAGAGAUUGAGAGAGUGAUUGGGAGAGAGCGCCCUCCAAGGUCUGAAGACCGGAAGAGCAUGCCCUACACUGACGCAGUGUUACAUGAAGUCCAGAGGUUCGGAAAUGUGGUGCCUAUGAACUUGCUGCACGAGACCACAGUGGACACCACCUUCAGGGGCUACAAGAUCCCAAAGGGCACCCCUGUCAUUCCGCUGCUCACUUCUGUGCUGUUCGACAAGACGCAGUGGGACACGCCCUUUGAGUUCAACCCUGGCCACUUCCUGGAUGCUCAGGGAAAUUUCAUUAGGAAAGAAGCCUUCAUGCCCUUUUCAGCAGGUCGGAGGGUUUGUCUGGGCGAGACUCUGGCCAAGAUGGAGCUCUUCCUGUUCUUCACUGCCCUCCUCCAGAAGUUCACCUUCCAUCUGCCCCCUGGUAUCCGGCCUGAGGACCUGAAUAUGGAACCAGUCCCCGGUAUUACUGCAUCCCCACAUUCCUACAAGCUCUGUGCUGUCAGCCACUGAUGGUCAAGGCUUUCUUUCAGUCUGUGUCGGCCUCCUCUUCCACACUGAGGCCACAGCAGCCUGUUGUGUCUCAGUCUUGUCUCACUGAAAUGGGAUUUCAGAGUUUACACCUUGAGAUUUACACAGCUACCGAUGAUGUGGGAUCUCACAUGGUUCAUAACUAGCUUUAAACAGUGAGUAGAGUCCCAGAACAAAAACAUAAGAACAAAUGUGGUUAAUUAGACUUUUUAAUGGUAACCUGAUUUGAUAUAUGUUAAAGUAUCAAGAUAUUUUAUGGAAUUCAUAAGUCUACAUUUCAUACAUUAAACUCUAAAUUCAAAACAGAACAAAUGUGAUUAGACUUUUUAGUGGUGACUUCAUUUGAAAUAGUUAUUUUAUUAAAUUAAUGAAUCCAUAUUUUAUACUGUACAUUAACAUCUCUGACCAUCCCAUAUUUGGAAAAACUCAGAAAGCCCUAAUUAAGGCUAAGUUGGGAGAACGUUGGGACCUGGAGAGGAAUGUAUCAGUAAAUCUGAGUGGAAUCGUAACCUAUU